AUGAGUCGUGUAUCUGGCGACCCAGUGUUCCCCGACCCGCCGCAGAGACUUUUUUCUGGUUCCGAAGCGGGAAAGCGGAAGGAUAUUUUACGCUCGUUUGUUAAAUCUCGCGAAAGGGCAGACAAACGGAUGCGCCGCUCAGACGCGGGGAAAGGAGGAGAAACUGUAACAAAACACGAAGUAGCGCGGAGGGCGGUGGAUGCCUGUGAGGGGAGGCACGGUUCCGCGGUGACGAGCGCGCUGAUUGCGGGCGGUGGAAGUAGCGGAGACGUCAGGAAGGCACCCGCCGCGCGUCCAGCUGCCAUAGCCGCGGAGUUAAUGCGGCGCGUCGCGGACCAGGUGGCGGCGCUGAGUCCCAUUGGUAAUCUCUUAAACGCCAUUAGCUGGAGCAAGGUGCAGCAGGCCAAGUUCUCCAUCCUGGAGCAUCAGAUGGACCCGUCGUCCAACUUCAGCAGCUACCGCUCCACGCUCAAGGCGGCCAUGUGGCGGUCGGCCGGCGCCACGGACGAGCGCCAGCGCAUCGUCAUCCCGUUCUUCUCGCUGCUCGUCAAGGACAUCUACUUCCUCAACGAGGGCUGCUCCAACAAACUUCCCAAUGGUCACAUCAACUUUGAAAAAUUUUGGCAGCUUGCCAAGCAGGUGACAGAAUUUAUCACAUGGAAACAAGUGACAUGUCCAUUUGAAAAGAAUACAAAGGUCAUAACCUUCCUCCAAGCCAGUCCUGUGCUCACAGAGAAUGCAUUGGCACUGGCUUCAUUUGAGUGUGAGCCUCCAGAAAACAACCAUGAGAAGGAACGAUAUAAAUCUCUCAAGUCUGAACUGAACUCCUGAAGGUUCUGCUGCAAGCGACCUUCUCAGUGAGAUACACCUGAUCGACGAGCAAAGCUGUGGUCGCUAUGCAGACACUAAACUCCUGGAAUGAAUUUUUAAACUGCAUGAUCUGGACACCUUGUGGCGUAGAGAGGUAGUGAGUGAUCAUGUGAGAAGGUGAAUUAUUUCAUUGAAAUGCAAUAUGGAUGCUUGUCAAGCAGAAAUUUAGAGAAGUGAAUGGAUUCUCAAAUUUUAUUUUCUGUGUAUAAGUGAAGAACCUGAUAUUUUCUGGAGGCUACCGAAACUGAUGACAACGUUCCCCUUCUUCAUCAUCAUCAUCCCUCGUGGUUCGAUAUUUCCUACCUGCGUUGGUGUUAUUUCAAGUUGCAGGUAUUACUCGUCUUUGAAAUAGACACUCUGACACUUAGAGUGGUAGUUUGCCCUUCACCUUGUGGUCAGCUGUUGUCUUUACUAUGGCAGAAGACCAUCAACAUAAGUAUUAUAUUAAAUGUUCGGUGCCUUCGUCUCUGUGAGUCAACGUAUGCUGUGUGUGCGUGUGUUUUGAAUGUGGUUGCAUUGUAUUUUUGUUAUGAUCGCAGAUUUGAAAUGUAAUCAUAAUGACACAAUCAUCCCGUUCAUUGUAUUUCUAUAAGAAAUGCUAUAGUUCAUUGAAGGAACUAAAGUCUCUUACAUCUUCAUAAGAUAGAUGUGAGCAAUAGCUUUU